GAUAUGCUCCUCAACAAAGCUGUGACAUCGCCAAAUGUGACUCGUCCAGCCCUCUGGGGGUAGCUGCUGCUGCUUCUGCUGCUAUAGAGAGCCAUUGGGAUAGCCCAGCCUGCUGAGCAGAAGGGAGACGAGGCACGUAGAAGGACAACAAAAACAUCUGAGACUUGUGUCUGUGUGUGUGUGCCUCCCUCCUCCCCCACACACCCAUUGGGCACAGUGAAAUCUUCACAUCGUCACAUCGAUCGCCCCCCCUCCUCCCGGUGUGUGCGUGUGUGUGUGUCUGCUCCGGGACCCCUCCGCCCGUGGAUGAGCUGAACAGGUGCAAAGUGAACAUGGAGAGCGACCGGGACAUGUACCGCCAGUUCCAGGACUGGUGCCUCAGGACUUAUGGGGACUCAGGGAAGACCAAGACAGUGACCCGUAAGAAAUACGAGCGGAUCGUGCAGCUGCUCAAUGGCUCCGAGUCCAGCUCCACGGAUAACGCCAAAUUUAAAUUUUGGGUCAAAUCGAAGGGCUUUCAGCUGGGCAAUGCGGACGACGUGACGCCCGGAGACAAGCAAGUGCUCUACGUGCCCGUCAAGAGCUCGGAUGGAGUGGGUAUCGAAGAAAAGUCAUCCCUGAGGAGGGUGGCUGUUGUGGAAGAUUUCUUUGACAUCAUCUAUUCCAUGCAUGUAGAAACAGGUCCUAAUGGAGAACAGAUUAGGAAGCAUGCUGGGCAGAAGAGGACCUACAAAGCUAUAUCAGAGACAUAUGCCUUCCUUCCCAGAGAAGCAGUGACAAGAUUCCUAAUGAGCUGCUCAGAGUGUCAGAAACGAAUGCACUUAAAUCCGGAUGGAGCUGAUCACAAAGAUAAUGGGAAGCCUCCAACACUGGUGACAAGUAUGAUCGACUACAACAUGCCAAUAACCAUGGCUUACAUGAAGCACAUGAAACUUCAGCUCUUAAAUUCACAACAAGAUGAGGAUGAAAGCUCUAUAGAAAGCGAUGAAUUUGACAUGAGCGACUCCACCAGGAUGUCAGCUGUGAACUCUGACCUCAGCUCCAACCUUGAAGAAAGGAUGCAGAGUCCUCAAAAUCUUCAUGGACAGCAAGAUGAUGAUUCCGCUCCGGAGAGUUUUAGUGGUAAUGAUACCCUGGGACAAAGCUCAAAUCCAACAGGAGGGACAGUCAGUAGGGAGGUGACGGAAGCCAGCAGCAAUGGAAAAGCUAGUUCUGAGCAAGAUGAACAGCCCUUGAAUUUGAGUGACUGUCCACUGUCAGCACCACUAAAUUCUGAAUUCCAAAUAGAUGAUCACACUAGUAAUGGAAAAACAAAGUACAAAAACCUCUUAAUGACAGAUAUCAAGAUGGAGCAGGAAACAAGGGAGAAUGGAAGCAAGUCCCCAGCACAUAGCUACUCCAGCUAUGACUCUGGUAAAAAUGAAAGUGUAGGUGGUUGUGGUGAAGAUUUAUCUUUGAAUCGAGGGGAUGAUGAUGAAGAUGACCAUGAUGACCAUGAGGAUGUAGAGAAGGCAACUGAAACAGAUGGAGUUGAAGCUGAACGCUUGAAAGCCUUUAAUAUGUUUGUCAGGCUGUUUGUAGAUGAAAACUUGGACCGAAUGGUCCCUAUCUCUAAGCAGCCCAAAGAAAAGAUCCAGGCAAUCAUUGACUCAUGCAGGCGACAAUUUCCUGAGUACCAAGAGCGUGCCAGAAAACGUAUACGCACUUACCUCAAGUCCUGCAGGCGGAUGAAAAGAAGUGGUUUUGAGAUGUCUCGGCCUAUACCUUCACACCUCACCUCCGCUGUAGCAGAAAGUAUUUUGGCCUCCGCUUGUGAAAGUGAAAGCAGGAAUGCCGCAAAGAGGAUGAGACUAGACAGACAGCAGGAUGAACCAGCACUACCCGACAAACCAUAUAAACAAGAGAAUGCACAGGUCACUUAUUCCACGUCCGCUGUAUCCAGCACGCAAGAGGUGUUAUACAUCAAUGGGAAUGGGACUUACAGUUACCAUAGUUACCGGGGGCUAGGGGGAGGCCUACUAAAUCUCUCGGAUACUUCGAACAGUGGGCCGACAGAUCUGAGCAUGAAGAGGCAGUUAGCAACUACCUCCACCUCAUCCAGUAACACAAGCUCCAGACCUCAGCUAAAUCCUACAGAAAUUACCGCCGUCAAGCAGCUAGUGGCCGGCUACCGGGAAUCGGCGGCAUUUUUGUUACGUUCAGCAGAUGAACUAGAAAACCUCAUCUUACAGCAGAACUGAGUCACACAACCUCUUCCCUGGCCUGGAUUAGUCCCGGAAUUCCACUAAUGACAUGUUGACAGUGUAUAUGCCAGAGUAGAGCCAUUUGGUUACCGCACUGACGAGUAGAGGAGUUAAUUACCAUAAUGCCACACUGUUUUCAGUCCAUGAAGUGAUGUUCAGGUGCUGCCGGUGAACUCGAGACCUCUGACAUUCCAAUAGGUCUUUGAUGUGUCCAGCUUUUUUGUUCUCAGUGUGUCGGUUUAAAUAUUGCAUAUGUGGCUGUAGCUCAUUAAGUCAUGCAAAACAGUGGAGCAAAUGGAAGACACUAUGAUGUUCAAUUUUUUCCAAGUGCAAUAUUAGUGGAAUGUUCUACUGACUCUGGAUCCGAAGCUACAUGAUGCGAUGGCAGGACGUAAAAGGCCAACCUAGGCUCACACUAGAAAUUUCAAUGAAGGAUUGCAUAUUUUUUAAACAAUGUGAUUUUUAUAUGGUCAUUUUUCAUGCAGAUAUUUUAAUUUAUAUGACAGCGAUCUUUCCACAUUCCCUGUGAGAAAAUAUUUUCAAUUGCCCUUUCUUACAACCCAGUAGUUACUGAUUGCUAAGAACGCACAGCAGGCAUUGUCGACGCCUUGCAAACAUCCACUAGGGGUGGUGGGAUUGAGGAACGUUUACCCCAAUGCGGGUCCAAAAAGCCAUUUUUCCAAGUCAUAUUUUCCACAUAAGUUAUUUUGAUUUGAGUGAUUCUGGGAGAAUAAGUGCUAAGGUAGAAAUGGGCACUGACACUGGUAAAUGGACCGUGGGUAAUGAAAAAGAGUUAGAACUGUGUUUACCUGC